UAUCGACAGUGAGGUUGAAUACCCAUACGUGCUUUAUUAAUUCUCCUUCGAUAUCUCAAUCAAAAUGGCGGCAGCUCAUGCUACUACGUCGUCGAUACUUUCGUCAUUUCUUCCACGAUUGGCACCUGCAACAGCGACUUUCGCAACGAGAUCAACAACUUUAUAUUCGCGACAAUUGUCACAUCCAUUACUCCCAGUACUCGCCAUCCCAUCUGCGAUACAUCUUAAUAUUCCCGGCUUUCUCGAAGGAUUAUGGGAGGGAAUAUUGAAAGCCGUACCAAAGAAGAAGACUUCACAUAUGAAGAAGAGACAUAGGCAAAUGGCAGGCAAAGGACUACAAGAUGUUACAAACUUGAAUAGAUGCUCUGCUUGUGGUCACAUUAAGAGAGCACAUUUAUUAUGUCCAUAUUGUGUUGCUGAAAUCAAGACCUUAUUCAAAACCAAUGCACACGAAGCAAAUGCCGCUGCAAGAGAAGCCAGAGCAGAUGAGAUAGCUGAGCAGAAAGCAAGAAUAGAUGCAGGAAAAGCAAGAGCUGCAGAGGAAAAGACCAAGAGAGAGGCAGAAUUAGAGCAGUUGGAAACUAAGCGGGCAGACAAGAAGGCAGCUAAGGAUGCCGCGAGAAAGAUAUAUGAGGAGAAGAAUCCUAAGCAGAUUAUUGGCUCCAGAAGAAUUGAUUAGGUGAUUGUGAGGGGUAGGAGGGAAUUGGAGGGAAUUGGAAGGCAUGCGAGACGAAGGAACUGGUGAGAAUCAGAAAUGGAGAUGAUCAUGUAUGGCAUCAGCCAUGGCGUUUGGGACAUGGAGAAGAGAUCCUGAACCGUGAGGUAUAUAUCCUCAGAACUGGUACAAUCUAUUAAACUGUACAUCAAAAUAAGAAUAUCCUACUGCAUCAUCGAUA